CGGCCCCGCGGCUCCUAAGCCUGCAUCUUGUCCCCUCGGGGCGCCUUUCCACGUGAAGGGCCGAGCGGAUGUGAAGUUAGAUUUCCUGAAAGUGGACAGGGUUCGUGCACGUGCUUUUUGGAAAAUGCCGGGCUCGGAAGACGCCCUCGGGGAAUCCGGAUACCCGGACGGUUUCAUUUGUUGGACGGCUGCUGAGUUCUUGAGCAAGCGUCUUACGCCCAUGAGGCCCUCCUCGAUAAAACGGGGAUGAUAACGUAUCCACCACACAGAGUUUUGGGGCGUUGUGAUUGAGAGCACGUGUAUACGGUGUCUGGUACGGCGCCUUGAGCACAGCUAGUUCAUCCGAGCAGCAGCUGUGGGGAGCGCCGCGGCAGCCGGCAGCCGAGGUGCCACUUUGGAACCUUUGUGCACUUUUGAAUCAGAGUACUCACAGGCGGGGUCUGGGAGAGGGGAGGGGGAGCUAGUAUAAAUCGGUGGCUCCUUGUCCAGCCUCCCACCCUGCUGGACAUGCUCUUAAAGAGAUGAGACCAGGAGGCUGUUGUGAGAGAGCUGGGGUAAGGCACCCCAAGAUGUGCCAGGAACAGGCUGUGGAGAAACGGUGUAGUCCUGUCGCCAGCCAGGUCUUCAGUGGUGGAACAGUAGAGCUCUAAGCUUGGAGCCCUGCAGCUGUGGUGAUUUCUCUCGCAGCCCCACCACCCUGUAGUUGGGACAUCCUGAGCAAAUUGUUUCUGAAUCUCAGUGUUUCUCUCUCUAAAACAAGAAUGGUUGAUUUGAAGAUUAAAAGAGAUCUUGCACAGUGCCUGGCACGGAGUAAGCACUUAAUAAACAUACAGAGUGGGCACUUACAAACACCAGUUAACCAGUAGUGAUAAAAACACUUGGGAUUUGCCCAGCUAUUAACCAGUAGGUCCUGGGACUUACUCCUUCAGGUUGCACAAUGAACAUAAUGUCUCUGGAAUAUUGGUAUUGGGGGACAAACAUCUCAGCUGACUGUGCAAUAAAUUUAAAUUUACAGAGUCAUAAGGGGACAUAGUUGGGGAGCCUAGGAGAGCAGCCUGAGCCAAAAAGGGGGCGGGCAAAAUCCCCAGUGAGACCUCUCAGCACCCUAAUCCUCCUGGCAGUCAGCCUCGGCCACUGGGAGCCAAGGUGGACUGCCUUCACCAGUUGGUUGCAUAGGAGUGUUGAUCCUUUGGCCUUUUGCUGCUCCCUUAAAAGUCGAGAGGCAGGAUCGUUUUUAGUCUCCUGAAUCAAGAUUCUCUUGCUGGCUCCUGGCCUGUGAAAUUGGGAAAGAUGUGUUCUUUGGGGGCAUGAGGGAAUGAGGAAGGGGUAGCAUCUCCGGGCCCUGGGAAAGGGGGGAGAAGUUGGGAUACUGAACAGUGAGUAGCGUUUGUACUCCGAUUUUGUUUCUGGGCCAGAAGCAGCUUACCUGAGGAAGACCUAUGUCCUUUCCUAUUACUGAGCUAGGGAAGGCAAAGAAUAGCGACAAGGUUCCAGUCCAGCCAACAAUGGAAAGAUCUGCGGGGAAUCAACACUUCUGAGCGCUUAUCAGGCUCUUUGUAGCCAGAGGCUUACAGUAGCUGUAUCUUGCGUAAUGCUCAGCAGCUCUGGGAGAUGGAAUUGGGAGCCGAACUACCAGCUCAGUGUUGAGGGCUUGACUAGUAUAUGUCAUUCGAUCCUCCCAGUCUAACACAAAGUCUGUAUUUUUCCCACAUACACAGAAGGGAAGCUCAGAGAAGCUUUAGCUUGUUCUAGAUGGUUGAGCUAGGAUUUAAAGCAGUGUCUAAUUAAACAUCCCCAAAUGCCUUCCUUGAUAAGUCUGUUGAUUCAUGGCUCCCUGGACAGAGGACUUUUCAUUCCUAAUCUACUGAAGUACUUUUUUGUAUCUACCUCUUGGUUUUUACUAGAGAAGCAGAGCCUUUGGUAGCUUCUUUUGUUUGACAGAGCUGUGGGGUAAACUGUUUCCUUGCAAGAACACCGGAAAUUUGUUUGCAAGACAAGGCUGUAAGAGAAAAGAGGGAAGGCAGGGCUUGUCUGAUUGCUUCUGUGCCCACAGCCCUGGCCCCUGCCCCCCUUAGGCUGUAUCAUUACUCAGAAGCUCAACUGUCAUGUUCCACGGACCCGUGAAUAUCUGUGAGGAAAUGACUAUUCUGCAUGGGGGCUUUUUGCUCGCUGAACAGUUGUUCCACCCCAAAGCGCUGACGGAAUUGAAAAAGUCUGACUGGGAACGCGUUGGGCAGCCUAUUGUGGAGGCCCUAAGGGAGAUCUCCUCCGCCACAGCAUGCUCCCAGCCCUUUGCCUGGAAGAAGAAAGCUCUGAUCAUUAUCUGGGCCAAGGUUCUUCAGCCCUGCCCUGUCACCCCUUCAGAUGCUGACACUCGGUGGCAGGAAGAUGUGUUCUUCUCAGUAGGCAACAUGAUCCCUACCAUCAACCACACGGUCCUUUUUGAGCUGCUCAAGUCGCUGGAAGCUUCUGGACUCUUUAUCCAGCUCCUGAUGGCCCUGCCCACCACUAUCUGCCGUGCAGAACUAGAGCGCUUUUUGGAGCACAUGUCUGUUGACACGUCUUCAAAGGAUGUGGCCUUUUUCCUCAGUGUCUGGUGGGAAAUGAUGAAGCACAAAGGCAAUCAGCAGGACCCCCUGCUCUCCCAGUUUAGAACCAUGGCCCAUAAGUAUUUGUCCUCUUCAGAUGAGUUCUGCCACCCUCCAAAGAGGUUUAAGUCAGACCCAGAUGUGUGUCCCACUAUGCCCCUGUUGGCCAUGCUGCUCACUGGGCUGAAGCAAAUCCAAAAUAGAAUCCUAUGCCCAGGGAUGAAGUGCUGUGCGUUAGCCAACUUGGCAGACAUGCUGACGGUGUUUGCCCUGAUGGAGGACGACCCCCAGGAAGUAUCUGCAACCGUGUAUCUGGACAAACUGGCCACGGUGAUCUCUGUGUGGAAUUCGGACACCCAGAACCCGUAUCACCAACAGGCACUGGCAGAGAAGGUAAAGGAGGCCGAACGGGACAUCAGCCUGACCUCCGUGGCCAAGCUUCCAAGCGAGACGAUUUUCAUCGGGUUUGAGUUCAUGUGCACCCUGCUGCGGGAGUGGGGGGAGGAGCUGCAGGCCAUGCUCACCAGCAGCCAGGGGACAAAUUACGACAGCUUCCGGCUGUGUGACAGCCUGAUGUCCUUCAGCCAGAACUUGAAGCUCUACCUGGAUUCUACCAGCUUGUCCAAGGAGGAAAGGCAGGUGGUCUCAGAGCUGGCAGAGUGUGUUGGGGACUUCCUGAGGAAGACCACCAGGGUGCUGAAGAACAAGGGCUUUGAGAAGGACAUCACCGCCUCGAUUGCCAUGGCCAUUAUUGAGCAGAAGAUGGACCGACACAUGGAAAUGUGCUACAUUUUUGCUUCUGAGAAGAAGUGGGCCUUCUCAGACGAAUGGCUAGCCUGCCUGGUUAAUAACCGGGCCCUCUUCCGAGAGCCAGACUUGGUGUUAAAGCUGCUGGAAACAGUGAUGGAAGUUACCAUGACAGACAGAGCCGUCCCUGAAUCUCAGAUCAGACAAGUGAUCAGCUUGAUUCUAGAAUGCUAUGCAGACCUCUCUCUGCCAGAUAAAAACAAAGUCCUCUCGGGCACCCUGCUCUCCUGGGGGCGGAAGGGUCUCUCUGAGAAGUUGUUGGCUUACUUGGACAGGUUUCAGGAGGACCUCAAUACAACUUUUAACCAGCUCGCACAGAGUGCCUCUGAACAGGGCUUAGCUAAAGCUGUAGCGUCUGUGGCCCGCCUGGUAAUACUGCACCCGGAGAUCACCGUGAAGAAAAUGUGCAGCAUGGCUGUGGUCAAUCUUGGCACCCACAAGUUCCUGGCCCAGAUUCUCACUGCCUUCCCCGCCCUUAGGUUCACGGAAGAGCAGGGUCCCGAUCCAUCCGCUACUUUUGUGGUGUCAUGCCUCAAAGAAACCGUCUGGACAAAGUUCUCUACACCCAAGGAAGAAAAGCAAUUUUUGGAGCUCCUGGGCUGCCUAAUGAAUCCUGUGAAGCCCCAGGGUAUCCCGGUUGCUGCUCUUCUUGAGCCAGAUGAGGUGCUAAAGGAGUUCGUCCUGCCUUUCUUGAUGCUAGACGUCAAAGAGGUGGAUCUCAGUUUGAAGAUCUUCAUCCAGACUCUUGAAGCAAAUGCGUGUUUGGAGGAGUACUGGCUCCAGGCCUGCUCUCCGUUCCCCCUCAUCUUCAGCUUGUGCCAGCUGCUGGAUUGCUUCAGCAAAUACUGGCAGCUCCCCAAGGAGAAACGGUGCCUCUCUUUGGAUGGGAAGGAUCUGGUGACCCGUGUCCUGGAGAUACUCUGUGAGAUUAUAUUGGCUAAUGCUGAGACCUUCUCCCCAGACACCUGGAUCAAGUCCCUGUCUUGGCUCCAUCGGAAGCUGGAGCAGCUUGACUGGACAGUGCGCCUGAGAAUGAAGAACCUCUUUGAGGGCCACUUCAAGUGUGAGGUGCCCGCCACGCUUUUUGAGAUCUGUAAGCUUUCUGAGGACGAGUGGACCUCCCAAGCCCACCCUGGGUACGGUCCGGGCACAGGGCUUCUUGCCUGGAUGGAGUGCUGCUACAUCUCCAGCAGCAUCUCUGAGCAGAUGCUGUCCCUCUUGGUGGUAGAUGUGGGCAACCCUGAGGAGGUCAGAUUGUUCAGCAAGGGCUUUCUGGUGGUCCUGGUACAAGUCAUGCCUUGGUGCAGCCCCCAAGAGUGGCAGUACCUUUACCAGUUGACCAGGAGACUGUUGGAGAAACAACUCCUGCACGUCCCAUAUAGCCUGGAAUAUAUUCAGUUUGUUCCUCUGCUCAACCUGAAGCCCUUUGCCCAGGAGCUCCAGCUCUCCGUACUGUUCCUGAGAGCUUUCCAGUUUCUCUGCAGCCAGAGUUGUUGUAAUUGGCUUCCUAUGGAAGGCUGGAGCCAUGUAGUCAGACUUCUCUGUAACAGUCUGACCAAUCUUCUGGACUCCGUUAGGUCGAUACAGUCAGUUGGCCCUUGGGCUCAAGAACAGGACCUGACCCAGGAGACCCUGUUUUUUUAUACCCAGGUAUUCUGCCAUGUUCUGCACAUCAUGGCCAUGCUCCACCAAGAGGUGUGUGAACCGCUCUACGUUUUGGCCUUGGAAAUCCUCACUUGCUACGAAACCCUGAGCAAGGCCAACCCUUCUGGUAGCUCCUUGCUCCAGAAGGUAAAUGAGCAGCGCUUCCUGAAGUCCAUCGCUGAGAACAUUAGCCCUGAGGAACGGCGCCAAACCCUGCUGCAGAAGAUCAGCAACUUCUGAUCUUUGUACUUCGGAGAACGGCUGGGCCCCGACUCGGUGGGGUCUACAGGGGCUUAAGCUGAGAAACACGAGCUUUUCGGUUAUGUGAAAUUGUACACAAGCUAAAAAAGUAUAUGGCAAUAACUGUAAAGAAAAUAGUUUCUUAGGUGUUUGUAACAUACAAAUUAUAAAAUUCUCGUUUGAGUUUCA